UUGUUAUUCCACCAGGAAGAAGGAUGGGCGGUUUGCAGGGUAUUCAAGAAGCCAAUGACAACGGUGCAAAAAGUGAGUGAAUAUGAAUCUUCGUAUUGGUACGACGAGCAAGUCUCGUUCAUGCAGGAACUUGAAUCCCCAAGGCGAAUUCCACAGCCAUAUGCAUCACCGCCAUCACCAUACCAUCACCAUUAUCCCUGCAAGCAAGAGCUUGAACUGCAACACAGUUUGCCUCAUGACGCUUUCCUUCAACUCCCUCACUUGGAAAGUCCCAGAGUUCCACAAUCCGCUGCGAGUGUAAGCUGCUGCAACUCGGUUGUUCCUUACGGAAGCGCUUUGCAGUUGUCGACUCUCACACAGGAAGAGCACAUGAACCCGGUGGUGCAUCAGCAAGCGGUGGACCAGGUGACCGACUGGCGAGUUCUUGACAAAUUCGUUGCCUCUCAGCUUAGCCAUGAGGAGGCAUCCAAGGGAAACAACUAUUCCAAUGCAGACGCCAGUUUUCAAGUGGCUGAACAAAUGAAUUUGCUAGCCAAUGAAUCCAAAAGGCCAGGGAUUUCUCAUCAAGAACAUACCUCUAUGUCCACUUCGAGUUGUCAAAUUGGCCUGUGGAAAUGAAAGCAUAUAUACUAA